AUGAGUAUCUCUUACUCAACCCCAUCCCAGCGCUGCUCCAUUUUGGAUCGUGUUGUCGGAGCUUUUGGAGGCAUGCGCUCUGGACGGCCAAGGGCAUUGGCUGUUCGUCCCGAGCCUAGCCCAGUCAGGACCCAGGACGUAGCCGCUCCCAGUAUGAUGAUUGUCCGUGACUCCAUGGGAAAUGGCGUCACUGGGGAAAUUAAAGAUACGGAAAUCACGCAAACAGAGGGGAAGCUCACCGUUCGCCCGAGAGAGUCGGGUGGUCCGGCACCGUCCGCUGGGAUGCGAUUGGAGGUACCAAUCCUUGAAAGGGCAGGCAAACCUGCGCAGAAUAGCGCGAGGCCAAGGUGCCUUCGGGUGAACUUUAUCGCAGGAGGAAUUGCUUCCAUGGCGCACUACUCCACAUUCCGGCCAGCUUCUGCCAGUCGGAAAGCACUGUCUCACGCUGAGACUUUUGGCGGCGACCCAAUAGCCCCCUCUGCCUCAUGGGUCGCCAAUGGCUGCGUCGACCAGUGUCCCAACAUGAUCGACGCCCGCCCCAGCCUAGGGCCCAGUAAAGCCCUUGGAUUGCCCUCUGCACAUUGCACCCUGCAAGUGGGGGAGAGCGGGCGCGGCAAAGACAGACCACUAUCAGCAUCAAUCAAUCACGACAACAAUAGUUACUGGGAUCUCGGUCAGACCAAGCGGAUCGCGGUAAGCACUGAGCAUCCCGAAAAGAACAAUGCUCGUUCAGCUGGUUCAGCUUCCUUGGUCAGCCCGCUUCCUCACGGACCCCCCCAAGGUCCUGACGUGAGAGGUGCCCGGGCGCGGCGCGGUGCAGGCUGCAGAACGUGCGAGUGGGAUGGAACCAUGGGUCCUUUUUGA